CUGAGGUGGGGUUUCACUCAAAAUCCAAUAUGGCGACCAUCGGCGAAAUCGAACCGAUCAAUUAGUUCUCUAAUUUGCUUUUUAUUUGUGUCAAACAUUAUGGCAGAAGUGGAUACUUCGGGUUUGCAAGUGCCAGAAGAUGUAAGGUUAAAGUUGGCGGAAUUAGAUUUAGAACUAUCUGAAGGAGACAUUACACAGAAAGGGUAUGAUAAGAAGAGACAGAAAUUACUGGCACCAUACAAACAUACUUCAAAAGUUCCAGAUGUUUCAAGCCCAAACAGUGAGCCCAGCCCACAGACUUCUGCCCAGAGGAAAGCCCAACGUAGACUCACAAGGGAAGAUAACAGAUACCACUCAGAGAUACGAACGGAAGCCGUCAUGCAGGCGCUUGCCGCACACAGUAAGAAAAUCCCAGUUAUGCCCUUACCCUCCAAGAGAACCUCAGUAAAUUAUCACGGUCAGCAAAGACAGAGAGACAGUCGACAAGAGUCGUCGUCAGAUGAUGACAGUAUAUAUGAUGAUGAGGCAAACAGAAAUUUCCACCGAGGGGCGAGGUCAAGAGACAGCGGGGCUAGUUCUUCAUCCUCAUUCUCUGAUGUCAGUGCUUCACCUAGACACUCGGAAAGACCGAGGAGUGCUGCUUACGUAAAAUACCAGAUUCCCGGAAACACUUCCCGUCAGGCACUGGCUGAUGUUAUGCAAAGCGCAAGGCAUUCCCAACAUAUAUCCCAACCACCAGAUGUCACCAACAAUGCCAAAAGUAGUCGCCAGGCCGACAGGGUCGGUAGAGGUGUAUCGUCGGUUAGGGUUGCUGGAAACGUCGGAAUGGACAUGGACAGUGAUUCACCAAGACACCAAGGGAAGGUGGCAGCAAAAAUACAGCAACUUAUGAACACAUUAAAGAGACCAAAGAGAAAACCGUUAACAGAAUAUUUUGUAGAGGAAGAUGAUGCUCUUGAAUCUCCACCUGCAGAUCCAAAUGCUCCAAAACCAGAAGGCAGCACCUUAACACCUGUACCCGGGGACCAGCUUGUGGUUCCAUCAGGUUUACCUCGUAAUUUAGAAGCGGCAUUACAUCGUUACGGUUCCUCCACGUAUAAAGCCCUGGCGGUAACAGUUCUAGACCAGAAUGGAAAACCAACAGUCAAUCUCACAUACGGAAAGUUAUUAAGUAAAACACAGAAGAUAGCGUAUAACUUGCUGAAUAAAGUAGGCCAGAAAGGGGAAGUGCCAAUCAAGCCAGGAGACAGGGUAGCAUUAGUUUAUCCAAACAAUGAUCCCAUAUCUUUCAUCAAUGGGUUCUACGGUUGUCUAAUGGCUGGGGUGGUACCUGUUCCAGUGGAAGUGCCAACGUCACGACGGGACGCUGGUGGACAAGGUGUAGGUUUUAUGUUGGGAAGUCUGAAUGUAUGUCAUGCACUCACAUCAGAAGCUUGUCUUAAAGGCCUCAGUAAAACUGCUAAUGGUGAUGUUGUCACUUUUAGAGGAUGGCCACGGUUAAGUUGGUUAUCUACAGACAGCAUGUCAAAACUUCCAAAAGAUUGGCAGCCACCGCCCAAAACCUCCGAGGAUGUUCCUGCGUAUGUGGAGGUAAAGGAAAUACAGAAUCGCUCAGAUACGUACACAACAGGAAAAGAUGGGAGCACGGUUGGUGUCACAGUGACAAGAAAAGGAGCAUUUUGUCAUUGUCAAACUUUAACUGUAGCCUGCAAUUAUACAGAAGGUGAAGUUAUGGUGUGUGUUCUAGACUUUAAACGUGAUGUUGGCCUAUGGCAUGGUAUUUUAUGUAGUGUGUUUAAUGGUAUGCAUGUUAUAUUUAUUCCUUAUUCCUUGAUGAAAGUUGAUCCGGCCUCAUGGAUGAAAAUGAUUACAAAAUACAAAGCCUCGUGUGCCAUAGUGAAAUCUCGAGAUAUGCACUGGGGCUUGCUAGCUCAGAAAGACCACAAAGACGUCAACUUUAGCUCAUUGAGAUUACUGCUUGUUGCUGAUGGUGCAAAUCCAUGGUCAUUAACUUCCUGUGAUGCAUUCCUGAAUGCCUUCCAAUCAAAGGGUUUGAAACCCGAGGCUAUAUGUCCCUGUGCCAGUAGUUCAGAAGCCCUCACUGUUUCAGUAAGAAGGCCAGGUAGAACCAGUUCCAGUGCUACUGGGAGAGGUAUAUUAUCUAUGCAGGGUCUUAGUUAUGGAGUGGUACGGGUGGACAGUGAGAACAGUCUGACAUCACUCACACUGCAGGACUGUGGUCAGGUCAUGCCUGGAGCUGUGAUGAUAGUGGUGAAGAUAGAAGGAGCCCCCUACCUCUGUAAGACAGAUGAAGUAGGAGAGUUGUGCGUCUGUGCUGGCUAUGCCGGGGUUCAGUACUGGGGCCUGCAGGGGAUCACUGUAAAUACAUUCCAGGUUCAACCUUUACAAAGUGAUGGGAGACCGGCUGCAGGUGAUAAGACUUACGUAAGAACAGGAUUACUCGGAUUUCUUGGUCCGGGUGGCCUGGUCUUUGUAUGUGGAAGUAAGGAGGGUUUAAUGCAGAUCUCAAAUAGGCGACACAACACAGACGACAUUAUAGCUACAGUACUUGCUGUAGAACCAAUGAAAUUUAUAUAUAGGGGAAGGAUUGCAGUGUUUUCUAUAGAAGUGCUAAAAGAUGAAAGAAUUGUGAUAAUUGCUGAACAACGUCCAGAUUGUCCCGAGGAAGAGAGCUUUCAGUGGAUGUCAAGAGUCCUGCAGGCUGUCGACAGCAUACACCAGGUCGGAGUCUUCUGUCUGGCUCUGGUUCCACCAAACUAUCUUCCAAAGACUCCAUUGGGAGGUAUCCAUCUACAUGAAACUAGGAAGAAAUUCCUUGAGGGUUCUUUACAUCCCGCUAACGUAUUAAUGUGUCCUCAUACUUGUGUAACAAAUCUGCCAAAGCCUCGAGAACAUAGGCCCGACAGGGACGUAACUCCGUCAGCAGUACAUGUAGGAAAUAUCGUGCAGGGAGCAAGAAUGGCAUGGGCUCAAGGGAGAGAACUCAACAUGGCUGAUGAAGAAGGUGACGGUUCGAGAAAGCACCAGUUUUUGACAGAAAUUUUACGAUACAGAGCUCAGGCAACACCAGACCACAAUCUCUUCACAUUGCUCAAUUCUAAGCAUGGACAGACUGGAAAAGCUUGGCCUCCACAGGUUCAGAUACAGCUGUCCAUGUCGUGUUCACAACUUCACAAACGAGCAGAAAGGAUUGGAUGUUUAUUAAUGGAGAAAGGAAAACUCAACACUGGCGAUCAUGUAGCGCUGCUUUACCCUCCAGGAAUAGAAUUAAUAGCAGCCUUUUAUGGAUGUCUGUAUGUAGGUUGUGUUCCUGUGACUAUCCGACCACCACAUCCACAGAAUGUCACUACUACAUUACCUACAGUAAAAAUGAUCGUUGAUGUCUCAAAAUCCUCGGCAAUCAUGACAAACGGCAACAUUAUCAAGUUGCUACGGACAAAGGAGGCUAUAGGAGUGGUUGAUGUAAGAGCAUGGCCUCCCCUGUUGGACUCGGACGAUCUGCCAAAGAAGAAAUUGACAGCCAUAUACAAGGCUCCAACCCCAGAGAUGAUGUGUUACCUAGAUUUUAGUGUCUCCACAACUGGCAUGUUGGCAGGAGUCAAGAUGUCACAUGCGGCAGCAACAGCUUUGUGUAGAUGUGUAAAGUUACAGUGUGAAUUCUAUCCCUCAAGAGAAGCAUGUUUAUGUCUAGAUCCGUACAGUGGCCUAGGAUUCGCUCUGUGGGCUUUAGCUAGUAUAUACUCUGGGCAUCACUCAUUGCUGGUUCCACCAUCUGAAGUUGAGGCCAACCCAGCGGUAUGGUUGUCGGCUGUUAGUAUGUACAAAGUGCGAGAUACCUUCUGUUCAUAUGGUGUCAUGGAUCUGUGUACCAGAGGCCUAGGGACUUCAACAGCAGCCCUUAAGGCUAAAGGAUUAAACCUGUCCUGUGUUCGUAUAUGUUGUGUGAUAGCUGAGGAACGACCUCGCAUACAGCUUACCUCGUCUUUCACGAAAUUGUUUGCCGACCUCGGGCUUUCAUACCGAGCUGUCAGCACAAGUUUCGGCUGCAGAGUAAAUAUUGGCAUAUCAUUUCCGGGUGCAGCGUGCCCGGAACCGACCACUGUUUUUGUAGAUCUGAGGGCAUUAAGAAAUGAUCGAGUGACCCUUGUAGAGAAGGGAAGUCCCCAUAGCUUAUGUCUCAUGGAAUCAGGCAAGUUAUUACCAGGUGUCAAGGUUGCCAUAGCAAAUCCAGAAACUAAAGGCCAGUGUGCAGACUCACAUCUUGGAGAGAUCUGGGUGUCGAGUCCCCACAAUGCCAAUGGAUACUUUACAAUCUAUGGUGACGACUCCCUGCACCCAGACCAUUUUGAUGCUUCCCUUGCCACUGGAGAUACUCAGUCUUCGUAUGCUAGAACAGGUUACCUGGGAUUUGUGAGACGAACAGAACUUACACAAAGUGAUGGAGGUCGACAUGAUGCCCUGUUUGUGGUUGGUUCCCUGGAUGAGACUGUAAUGCUGCGAGGCAUGAGGUACCAUCCUAUCGACAUAGAAACAAGUGUGUUACGCUCUCAUAGGAAAAUCUGUGAAUGUGCUGUGUUUACCUGGACAAAUCUGUUAGUCGUUGUCGUAGAGUUGGACGGAAAUGAAAAUGAGGCUCUAGACUUAGUUCCAUUGGUUACAAAUUCUGUGUUGGAAGAACAUUAUCUCAUAGUGGGCGUAGUUGUAGUUGUCGAUCCUGGAAUUAUUCCGAUAAACUCUCGUGGUGAGAAGCAGAGGAUGCAUUUACGAGAUGGAUUCUUAGCGGAUCAACUUGACCCAAUAUAUGUAGCUUAUAAUAUGUGAACACACUACUAGCAUCUUGACUAAAAAUACCACAAAACCUUGAACAGAUCUUGCUGUUUUUAAGUCAGAAUGAUGAAUAGAACCAUUGGAAUUUUUUUUAAAUCCUUUAAACGUAUAAAGAUGUAGGACAUGAUGUUGCUUCACAUAUAGACAGAGGUGUUCGCUUCAUCAAAUAUCUUAUUAAAGACUACUCACAUUGUUUUCGUCAUGAGACAGACCUCUUUACACGAUAGGUGUUGUUCAUAGAAAUAAUAUUUUCCAAGACCAAAGACUUGUACAGUUGUAGAACUGUAACCAGAAUAGGUGAAACUUUAAAUGAGAGCUAAUGUGUGAAGACCAGUGUAAGGGUUUUGUGACCAGUAUGGAUCCAGAUCCGUCUGCACAUCCACGCAGUCUGAACUGGAUCCAUACUGUUUGCGUAUCAGAUGCAAACAAGUACUGAAAUUGAUAAAAAGAGUGGUAUGGAUGUGUGGGUAAACAAGUAGCUGUGCAGAGAUCCAGAUUCUUGCCGAUUGCGAAGCCUUAACAGCGGUUUUUCACACAGCAGUGCUCAGAUUUCGAUUGGUAUAGAUUUAGUAUUAUUUAUUGUAUGUCAAGAGAAAGCCUUUUUUUAUUUUAUUUAAGUUUAUUUAUUUUUUGUUAGGAAAAUGAAAUAUGUAUGUAGAAAGUCAAACAAGAAAAACAGUUCUUUGAAAACAAUACCUUAAAGUCAUUAUAAGUUGCAAGCUUCGACACUUAUAUGCAGUAUUUAAUCAUUUUCUUCAGUAAAAAUAUAUUUAUAUAUGCCAUGACAAUUUGUAAUGUGCCAUUUGCAGAUAUUGUAUAAUUUAAAAAAAUAUAUGAUUAAAUCCAGAAUAUAUAAUAAAAAAAAAGAUAGAUACCCUAUUGCCUUGCUUUAGCUCAAAUUUUAUGCAAGAAUUAAAGAAAAUGAAAUGCUGUACAUAUUGCAUACAUGUGCUUUGAAAUAUUUCAAGUUUCCCCGAUGAAAGUGCUGUUGUAGUUUGUUUGUGCCGAGUUUUUCCUUCAAGAAUUUACCUGUCCUGGUAUAUAUUGCUUCAAUUCCCAUUUCAAGGGUCUAUGUGCAUGGCUUUCAGCGAAGAUGUCAUUUUAAAAUUGAUUGAUUUCAUACAACUUAAAAUUAAGCCUGCUUAAUAUUAAAUAACACAAGGAUUUUCCAACUCUAUUCAUUCUUUUAACCCUUGUCAUGCUGGACACGAUUGAUUCUGCCUUUGGGACCAGUGUAGUCUGAUCAUGAUCUGCACUGUUUGCCAUUCAUUUAGUAUCUUUUUGGUAUGCACCCCUUUUAACAGUUAAUGAUACUGUCCAAAUUGAGAGAUGGACAAGUUUAUUAUAGAAAUUUAGGGUAAGAGUUAAGGUCACUCGCUUAAAAUCAUUUGUCUCUCGCUGAUACAGGCUUGAAAUCUUGCUUGGGGUGUAAACUGCUUCAGGUGGGAAAGUUAUCCUGCUGGCUUACAUUGUCUCCAUGUUUGCUACUCAGUCAGUAAAUGUGUCGUAAACACCCCUUCGAUUAAUAAAUGGUAUUGCCCAAACUGAAUGAUGGACGAGUCCAUUUUAGAAAUUUAGCAGGAGAUAUGAAUUUUCCAAAGUACUACAUGAGCAUAUGUGACAACAUUAUACAGUCAACCAUGUUUUUAAAGACACUUUUUUUAUGGCGAGCUUUGUCCUUAUUUUGCUGAUGGUAUUUGGACUCGAGUUAAAAGUUAAAUUUGAGAUAAAAUUCACGGUCUUUAGGACUAGGUGGUCUCACGUUAAAGAUGGUCUUCAGCACAAAGUUGACAGAUGUCAAUCUGAUGUUUGCAGCACAAGUAGAAUUUUUUUAAAACUUGAGUAUCUGUUUUUGCUUUUGUUUUCAUUUUCAUUUCAUACUUUGAAACCUCAAUGACAAGGUUAAACUGUUUUGAGUCUGUGUACAAAAUGUAAACUUGUUGUAUAGGCCUGUUGUCGUUUUUUUUGUAGAUAAAAUAAUUACGUCUGACUGUACAUACAUCACCAAUUUGUUCUUGCAUAUUUAUUGUAUAUAUGUGUACAUUUUAAAAAAAAUAUUAAAGGACUGAUGAAAAAAAGAACAUAUCUAGAAUAUUGUAUAUAAAGUAUAGAUGUAAAGAUGAUUUGGUUAACGCAGUUACUAAAAGGUGUAGUAGCAGUAGAAGAUGAAAGAGAUAUACAUGUAGUAUUGAUGUAAAAGGUUAGGAUUAACCCUUAUCAUGCUGGACACGAAUGAUUCUGCCUUUGCGACCAGUGUAGAUCAUGAUCAGCCUGCACAUCCAUGCAGUCUGAUCAAGAUCUGCACUGUUAGCCAUUCAGUCCAUAUCCUUUUGGUAAACGCCCCUUUUAACAGUUAAUGGUACUGUCCAAAUUGAAAGAUGGACAAGUCCAUUAUAGAAAUUUAGCAAGGUCAGGGUUAAUGUAAAGGAUAUGGUUGGUAACUGAAAUUUUUUAUGAAUUCUUCUAAACUGUCUUAAAAGUUACACUAGAUUCGAGUGAGUUAAUGCAUUAAAAGUUACUGCACACUUGUAAGGGAAGGAUAUAGUAGUAACAAUGUCCAUCUGUAUGUUAGUUUUUCUGUCGGUCCCUAACACAUAAUGUCAUGGCUGUAACACAAAUCUGGAGCAUGAUGUGAAGGUCUUACCUCCAAGUUCAUGGUCACAGGCAAGAACCCUUAUUCAGACCCUUAACUGUAACAGGUAAGGGUACACAUUUUUUUAGGGGCCUUCAUCACAUACUAGUGACAUAGAUUGUUUAGUCAUGGAGUGAUUUGAAACUGUUAAAUAUGUCUUUAAAUUGAAAAAAAAAAGAUUUCCUUUCUGGAUCAGUAGGGAAGGCAGAAAUAUUGUACAUAACAAAUUUAGUUUUAUACAUCAGUUUGACAAGGCUUUCGAAAACACAUGAAAUAUGUUAUUGUUUUUUUUAAGACAUCAAAAUUAAGCACCAGAAGCAAAUUUUGGUGCAUGAAGUAUGAUUUGUAUUGAUGUCAUUGUUAUUAAAUAUUACACUUUUCUAAUCAGUUCUAGGAAAGGACAAUUUCUUUGUUUUUUUUUGAUAUUUGAUAUAAGUAUAUAUAAUGUGCAAUAUUAUGCUUGUGUUGUUAAAUGUUAAGUAUAUUUAGUUGAAAUUGGGAAUUAUGGGAUAAAAUAAUCUCAACACUAAACAAAAGCACAUGUAGUUAAAGGAUAAAAUAAUCUCAAAACCAAAAAAAAAUUAUAUUUAGUUAAAAGUUGGGAAUUAUGGGAUAAAUAGUCAACACCAAAAGAAAAUAAGACUGAUAUGAAAUUCUUGAAAGCUCUUUUGUGAAAUGUAGGUGCACUAUCGUGAAGGUUUCACUGUAUUUCCUAAUUUUUAAAAGUCUGUUCGUUAGGCUUUUUUGUCUCCUUUUAUGUUAGAUUUAAAAGAUAACUGCCAUUUUGUUCAUUGCAGUCAAUUAUAAUUGUGGAAAUAAUGCUGGAGGUGAAGCUGGAUUUUACUUAAUAGCAUUCACAAUCGUUUUUAAUUCAGAGAUCGAUCUGUUCACAAAUAUUAGAAAUUAAGAAAUAAAAUCAUAAAUAUUUUUCAGUCUACAGGCAUAUUUUGUUACAGAUAGUGCUUGUUUUCACUGUUUUCAUUUCUGUUUUAUUUCCAUAUUGUUUUGUUAUCAUAAUUUGAAUGGUCUUUUGUAAUAAUUGUGGACAACCCUUUUUCAUUGUUGGUGCAGUUUUCAUAAUGAAUUUCUACACAGGGGGCGGGUGGGUUCGUGGGGAUGGGCUCGGGGGGUGAGUGGAAAAAUGUGAAAAUGUUUUAAAUAAAUCUAUAGAUCUGAUCUUUAUUAUUUUGAAAAUUUGUACAAAAAAAUGGUAAAUUAUAUUGUUUUGUGUUUGGUUCCGGAUAUUAGAUAUUUGAAAUGUAAUCUUGGCAUAGUUUUACCUAAUUAUGUGAUCAGUAUGUUUUUGUAAUAAGACUUUUAUAAUCCAGUCAUAUAGUUUGCUGUUAGCUUUAAUACUGAAUGAGAAGUGGAGCCUUUUUACCGCAUAAUACGGUGGUAUCAUGUCUAGUCAGAGAUAAUGUAAUGCAAAUAAAUAAUUAAAAUUUACCACCAAGCAGGUCCAGUUUGUUUGAAGAUGAUGGUUUAUUAACCCUUAUCAUGCUGGACACAAUUGAUUCUGCCUUUGCGACCAAUGUAGAUCUGAUCAAGAUCUGCACUGUUUGCCAUUCAGUCAGUAUCUUUUUGGUAAGCAACUCUUUUUAACUGUCAAUGGUUCUAUCGAAAUUGAAAGAUAGACAAGUUUAUUAUAGAAAUUUAGCAGAGUAAGGGUUAAAUAUAUUAAGAGAUUGUAGAUUUUUACAUGAAUUAUUCUAUGAUUUAAGACAUGGAUUGUUGUACUUACUUAUAAGUCUCUGUUAUAAUAAUUUUUAUGCCACUAAUAGUAAGAAAAAUAUUUUUUUCCACACAAUCGAAGAAAAAAUGUUACAUUAAAGCUAUACAUUUAAUGUAAGGAAGUUUGAUUAAAUAGGUUAUUAGACUUGUAUUGAAAAAUGUGCACAAGUUCUGCAUAGUAGAUAUCGUGUAACUUAAGAGAGCAAUAUUUCUCUAUGAAAGAACAGGUUGAUUCCCAGCUAAUAAUCUUUCUAAAUUUUUAUAGAUGACAUGUUUGUUCAUUAGCCGGACGAAAAUUGAAAAGGUUAACAUUUAUGCAAUUUUUUACGUAACAGCAAACGUUAAAAUGGCGGAACAGGUGAAACACCUGAUACAAAAUUUACACAUUAAUAUGGAAAAAAUAUUGAUUUGUUUUCCUUUUUUCUUGAACAAAGUUAAAAUCUGAAUUUUUGCGAAAAAAAAAGUAUUUUAAAGAUGUACUAUGCCCAUCUUUUGAUAAAAUAUUUUAUGUUAAAUACUGAUUCUAAUCCUAAAAAAUCUUCAUCAGAUAUAUAUAAUUUGGUUUAAUAAAUAAUUUUACAGUGUAUGUGUACCUGCAAUUGCAAUGAAAUGUUACCUUGUAGCAGGUUUUUGUUGAAAAGAAGCUUCUGGUUUUUAAAGUGUUAUUUACGUAGUCAUACUGUGCUUACAUGAAUAGUACUUUAAACCUCACAUACAGUACUGUUUAUAUACACAAGCAUGUUUGUUUUAUGUUUAAUACAUAAUUAUUUUCUGAUUAAUACUUGUUUGUAUUUUCAGAUAUGAAAUUUAGGUAUAAUAUAUCUUUGAUAAUGUUCAUAUUUUCUAAUAUGAACGUUGGGUAUGAUAUUAUCUUUAAUAAACUUGGAACAGUUAAUUUAAGUUAUUCUGAUGUGAAUAGGGUUCCUAAUCAUGCCUCAUAUUAGAAAAAAAGAUCUGAUUAUAGGGGUGCCUUGAUAAAUGAAAAAAAUAACACUUUGGCCUAUAAAUAAGUUUUUGUUUAGUUUUUUUUUAGCUCACCUGUCACAAAGUGACAAGGUGAGCUUUUGUGAUCGUGCGGUGUCCGUUGUCCGUCCGUCCGUCCGUAAACUUUUGCUUGUGACCACUCUAGAGGUCACAUUUUUCAUGGGAUCUUUAUGAAAGUUGGUCAGAAUGUUCAUCUUGAUGAUAUCUAGGUCAAGUUUGAAACUGGGUCACGUGCCUUCAAAAACUAGGUCAGUAGGUCUAAAAAUAGAAAAACCUUGUGACCUCUCUAGAGGCCAUAUAUUUCACAAGAUCUUCAUGAAAAUUGGUCAGAAUGUUCACCUUGAUGAUAUCUAGGUCAAGUUCGAAACUGGGUCACGUGCCUUCAAAAACUAGGUCAGUAGGUCUAAAAAUAGAAAAACCUUGUGACCUCUCUAGAGGCCAUAUAUUUCACAAGAUCUUCAUGAAAAUUGGUCAGAACGUUCAUCUUGAUGAUAUCUAGGUCAAGUUCGAAACUGGGUCAUGUGCCUUCAAAAACUAGGUCAGUAGGUCAAAUAAUAGAAAAACCUUGUGACCUCUCUAAAGGCCACAUUUUUCAUGGGAUCUGUAUGAAAGUUGGUCAGAAUGUUCAUCUUGAUGAUACCUAGGUCUAGUUCGAAACUGGAUCACGUGCAGUCAAAAACUAGGUCAGUAGGUCUAAAAAUAGAAAAAACCCUGUGACCUCUCUAGAGGCCAUAUAUUUCAUGAGAUCUUCAUGAAAAUUGGUCAGAAUGUUCACCUUGAUGAUAUCUAGGUCAAGUUCGAAAGUGGGUCACUUGCCAUCAAAAACUAGGUCAGUAGGUCAAAUAAUAGAAAAACCUUGUGACCUCUCUAGAGGCCAUAUUUUUCAUGGGAUCUGUAUGAAAGUUGGUCUGAAUGUUCAUCUUGAUGAUAUCUAGGUCAAGUUCGAAACAGGGUCAUGUGCGGUCAAAAAACUAGGUCAGUAGGUCUAAAAAUAGAAAAACCUUGUGACCUCUCUAGAGGCCAUACUUAUGAAUGGAUCUCCAUAAAAAUUGGUCAGAAUGUUCACCUUGAUGAUAUCUAGGUCAAGUUUGAAACUGGGUCACGUGCCUUAAAAAACUAGGUCAGUAGGUCAAAUAAUAAAAAAACCUUGUGACCUCUCUAGAGGCCAUACUUUUCAUGGGAUCUGUAUGAAAGUUGGUCUGAAUGUUCAUCUUGAUGAUAUCUAGGUCAAGUUUGAAACUGGGUCAACUGCUGUCAAAAACUAGGUCAGUAGGUCUAAAAUUAGAAAAAUCUUUUGACCUAUCUAGAGGCCAUAUUUUUCAAUGAAUCUUCAUGAAAAUUGAUCUGAAUGUUCACCUUGAUGAUAUCUAGGUAAGUUUCGAAACUGGGUCACGUGCGGUCAAAAACUAGGCCAGUAGGUAUAAAAAUAGAAAAACCUUGUGACCUCUCUAGAGGCCAUAUUUUUCAUGAGAUCUUCAUGAAAAUUAGUGAGAAUGUUCACCUUGAUGAUAUCUAGAUAAAAUUCAAAACAGGGUCACGUACCUUCGAAAACUAGGUCAGUAGGUCAAAUAAUAGAAAAACCUUGUGACCUCUCUAGAGACCAUAGUUUUCAAUGGAUCUCUUGAAAAUUGGUCAGAAUUUUUAUCUUGAUAAUAUCUAGGUCAAGUUCAAAACUGGGUCACAUGAGAUCAAAAGCUAGGUCACUAUGUCAAAUAAUAGAAAAAAUGACUUCAUACUCAAAACUGGGUCAUGUGGGAAGAGGUGAGCGAUUCAGGACCAUCAUGGUCCUCUUGUUUAAUGUAAAACCUCCAGUUUGGACCUUUGCUGUAGCAAGUGGCAUUUAAUUAGAGGAAUGAGAAUUAGAAAAAGCAAAAUUCAUUUUCUGACCUUGAGACAUACAUAUAUUUCAUUUAUCAAAUUAACCAGUAGCAGGUUGUGUUUCACUAAUGACAUCAUUUUUUUUUUGCAUAGAAAAAAAAAUCCAUAGAUUUUGACUGAAGCUAGUAACAUUUCUGAGAGAAUUUGAAUUGUAACAUCUCCCAUUAUGACAUCAGAAUAUGUUGUACUGAAUAGCACUAACUUGCUUGUAAAAAAUUGAAUAAAAGUGUUUCCUUUAUGACAUUACACCUGUGAUGUAAAAAUAUGUUCUGCUAAAUAAAAAUAACUUGCUUGUGAAAAAAACAACUAAAAAAAUGUUUCAUUUAUGACAUCAUAUUUGUGACAUCAGAAUAUGUUGUACCUGAUAGCACAGCUUGCUUGUAAAAAGGUGAAUUGAAGCCUUCUAUUUAUGACAUCACAACUAUGACAUAAGUUGUUGCUAUGGUAACCACAUCUAUCACACAGUUUAAUCUUCAUACUGCUUCUGUUUUUAGAAAGUUCUUGAUUAUGCCUAUAUUUACUAUUUGUUCACUCAUUUUGUAAGAUGUUAUUUUUAAAGGUGUGCUUUUUUAUUACUGUACAAUUACAUGUAACAUACCAUUGGAAAUGCUAUUUGCUAUUUAUUUAUAUGUAUUUCUUACGAUGUAUGAAUACAAGCCCGACUUAUUCAUAAUAAUAAAGUAUUGAAAUGUCUGGUACAAA